GAGGUGAUGAUACGCGUUAGGAUGUCGCCUGUUGUGUUUAAUUUACAUUUGUUCUACUUAAACGUUUUGUAUUUAUUCUCUGGGAAUAUACUGGUAUUAAAUGCCUAUGUCAAUAUCGCACUCAACAAGCCAGCACACCAACUGUAUCCUAUACUGGGUAACGACACGUUCGACGCCAGUAACGCUGUAGACGGCCGGAAGUCUGACCUGUUGUAUAAUGGAGGUCAGUGUGCAGUAUCACAUAACAAUGAAGCCGCCACCUGGUGGGUAGACCUGAACGAUGUAUACAGUAUCCAUCACAUCACCAUCUACUUCAAGACGGACAAUGUACGAUGGGAUUCCUAUCACGAAAAAGUUGGCUAUCUUGGAUUCUUUCUAUAUGUCUCCAAUACAACAGACAGGCUACAAGGAACACUGUGUUACAAGGACGACAACUUUACACUAGACACCAUACCUGCUGUCUUCACCACCACCUGUCGUGUACAUGGACAAUACGUCAUCUACUACAACGAGAGACUACCAGGAGUUACCUACCCUAACUAUUACUCUAAUGACGUUCACAGUGAUCUUUGUGAAGUUGAGGUGUAUGGGUGUCCAACAUCGGGUUAUUAUAACGGGUCAGACUGUUGUCCUGAUGUCAACUGUCAAUACUGUCACAUAGAGACGGGCACCUGUCAGGGGUGUGGGCCGGGCUACAGAGGACGUCGAUGUGAGCUAGAAUGCGAGCAAGGUCUUUAUGGUAUUGGAUGCAGUGAAACAUGUGGACAUUGUCGUGACGUAGACCAGUGUUUCCAUGUCAACGGGACGUGUUUAACUGGAUGUGAUACUGGUUACCAGGACGAUGCAUGUAAAACACCUUGCGACAGAGGGCUAUAUGGUAUGGGCUGCAUCAAUACCUGUGGACAUUGCCUUGACGUAUACCUGUGCUCGUAUAUUGAUGGGACGUGUCUAACGGGGUGUGCUGUAGAUUAUCAGGGAGAACUGUGUAAUACAGGUAGAUGGUAUAUAAAUUUGAAUCUGUGCGGAUUUGACAAAGUCUACUUAUGGAGUGCAGCAGGCUAUCUUAUUAAACUUUCAAACUUGCUGUGAUCAAGCCACCUUUUGAGGAAAUGUUUGCAACUUUUUAAGUAUUAUAUAAAAACUAUUUUUUUUUAUAGUAUGAUAAAGUGUCCUUAUAGAGGGCUAAAGUUUAUGAUUUUUAAACUGUUAUUAGGGUGAAACUGGAAACAGUUUCGAUAAUAUAUGUGCAUUAUAUGUUUUGUAAUUUUGCGAGUUAUUUAUACUCAAAUACAUUAAAAUAUAGUGCUUAUAUUUAUUUUAUCUUACAUGUUUUUUUCACACCCGUCUAUAGAUUCUUUCAAAAGCAUGACAUGCGACAUAAUUUGAUAUUUCAAACUUGGAAACAAAAACGAAAAAUAAAAACCCUUUUUGGGUUUACCAAUUUUAUGAAGAAAACUGACGUUUUAUUUCACUAGUAA